GGAGGAUGUUUUGAGCUAUCAACCCUACUUGUGCUGUACUGGGCUGUAGAAACCCUUGGCUUAAUCUCAGGCCGGCUGAAACAUGGCUACCAACAAGCUCCACCAAUCUGUGGGAUCCUCCAAAAGCCCUGAUGGGUUCCAGAAAGAAGUGGUGGCACCCCUUAACCCAAAGCUGGUCACUGAGGUGGAAGAGCCGGUAACACUGACUCCUUCUGCCUUCCUGAAGGAGAUGUCCCUCACCACGGAGCAGAGGUUGGCCUGCACCCACAGCACACGACGGCCCCGCAUUGUGCAGCUCCUGGACAUGAGUGACACCUCCUACCAAAAGUUCUCCUCAGUUGACCUGGAUCAGACCUUGUUCCAGCCUUUCCCAUCCGAGGUGGUGUUCCAGAGCUAUGUCCCCUGUGAGGUCUACGAGGUACCCCUGGUUCUGAGGAACAACGACAUGGUUCCUCGGCUGGUGAAGGUCGUCUUGGAGAGCUCGCCUUACUUCAAGCUGAUCAGCCCUGGUGACGUGUGCCGUAAGGUAGCACCUGGCAUGUCUUCCACUUUCCGCAUCCUUUUCACCCCUGAGGAGAACAAGGACUAUUUCCACCAGCUCACCUGCAUCACAGAGAGGGAGAAGUUUGUGGUGCCCAUCCGAGCCAUAGGAGCCCGAGCUAUCCUGGACUUCCCCGACCAGCUCAACUUCUCAGUCUGCCCAGUCAAGCACAGCACCCAGAAAACUCUGCUGGUUCGCAACGUUGGCAACCGUGAGGCUCGUUACCACAUCAGCACCCACAGCCCUUUCUCUGUUGAUCCUUCCGUUGGGACCCUUGGGAUUGGUGACACCAUGCAAGUAACAGUGGAGUUCCACCCACUGAAGACUGGGGACCACGGCGGGUCCCUGGUGGUUCACUAUGACACAGGCGAAGAUGUUCUCACAAGCUUGUAUGGAGCGGCGGUGGAUGUCAACAUCAGGCUGGACAGGAACUCCUUGAUGAUUGCAAAGACUUACCUCACGCUGGCAAACCACAGAUCUGUAGUCAUCCACAACCGGAGUGAGAUCAUAGCCCACUUCCAGUGGAAGGCUUUUGUUACUCAGGAAGAGGAGGAUCAGCAGAAGCUGAGGCUGUGUCACAGGCUGCGGAGGCAGGAGGAGGACGAGAUGGAUCGCUUUGCUGAUGAGUGCAUGGUGGAUCCCUCUCUGCGGGAACGCCUCUCCAUCCUCUCCCGUGUCUUCCAGAACCACCGUGCAAAAGUGCAGGGAGACUCCAUGCUCUUCUCCGAUGACAUCUUUGCCAUCGAGCCAGUGGAAGGAGACGUCUGGCCAAAUUCUUCGGCUGAAGUUAACGUGAUCUUUAAACCCCGAGAAGCCAGGCUCUAUCAGCAGACCGUCUACUGCGACAUCUCAGGCCGUGAGACCAGGCUGCCCCUGCGCAUCAGAGGGGAAGGAGAAGGGCCCCGGCUGCGCUUCAGCUUUGACCAGCUGGACAUCGGGAAGGUGUUUGUGGGCUCAGCCCACAGCUACGAGGCGGUCCUGUUUAACAAAGGAGCCAUCGAUGCUCUCUUCCACGUGGUGCCUCCAAGCACAGCGCUGGGCUCCUGCUUUGCCUUCGUUCCCCGCGAGGGCCUGGUCCCACCGGGGGGCCUGCAGCACAUCCACAUCUCCUUCUGCUCCACCAUCCUGGGGCAGUUCACCGAGGAGUUUGGGGUCAGCGUGCACGGCUGCCCCCAGCCCGUCACCUUGACUGUCAGAGGCUGUGUCAUCGGGCCAACCUUCCACUUUGAUGUACCUUCCCUCCACUUCGGCGACGUCCCCUUUGGCUUUCCCCACACCUUGUCGUGUCGCCUCAGCAACACCUCCUUGGUGCCCAUGACGUUCAGCCUCCGCGUUCCUGGCGACGGCUCCGGAGCCCCCAGCGUGAGCAGCUCUGCCCAGGUGUUGGACAACACUCAUCUCUCCUGGAGGAUGGGGCUUCCAGCUCACCCCAAGCCCACCGAAUUCACCGUGAUGCCCUGCAGGGGGACCAUUCGUGCCCAAGGGACACAGGAUGUGCAGGUCACCCUGUGCUCCAACACGGUGAAACAGUACGAGAUGGCACUGGUGGUGGAUGUGGACGGUGUUGGCAAUGAGGUGCUGGCACUUCUCCUUACAGCCAGAUGCGUGGUUCCCCCUCUGCGGGCGCUCAGCCCCGUGGUGCCCUUUGGGCGCUGCUUCCUCCAGCAUCCCUACCAGCGGGCGCUGACCCUGGUGAACGACGGCGACGUUCCUGGCUGCUACGCGCUCCUGCCCCAGGAGCAUCAGGAGGGUGCUGCUGUGCAGUACUGCAGCCCCGCGCCCUGCGGGAUCAUCCAGCCCCACAGCUCAGUGCAGGUGCCGGUGACACUGCAGGCCCAGGCGAUGGGCGAGCGGCUGACGGUGGCUUCGGUCGCGGUGUUUGGGAGCGAGGGAUCCCCGCUGGAAAUCCAUUUAGUGAGCACUGGAGAAGGCCCAGUUGUCUACGUGCAUCCAAGUAAGCUGAAUUUCGGCCGUAUCCCAGUUCUGCAAGAUGUUUCCCAAACUCUGCACCUCUUCAACCAGGCUGUCAUCCCUGCAUCGUUCUGGACAGAGAUGGAUGGCAAAGAUUCACGCUGGAGGGUUGAACCCCAUCAAGGCAUCAUCCCUCCCGAGACCGAGGUGUCAGUGGCUGUCAUAGCCAACCUGGACGACACCAUGAGAUUCCAGGACAACGUGAACCUCUUUGUAGAGAACAGCAGCACCUACGUGAUCCCAGUCCGGGCUGUUGGCAUCGGCACCACCAUCGUCACCAAUAAACCCUUUGCACCAGAGCUCAACUUGGGGCCACACUUCAGCCUGAGUCCCUGCUCUUAUCACUUCAAGAUAACGAACAAGGGAAGGCGCACCCACCUGCUCUACUGGACCACAGAAGGCUUCACCCCGCUCCGCCAGCGCGAUCGCCUCCCAGCCGUGGGUGACACCAAGGGCAGCCCCCCCCAGGGCCCCGUGUUCAAGCUUUGGCCGCUGAGGUUGGAGCUGAUGCCGGGCAGGACGAUGGAGAUGGAGCUGGAAGGCUUCUCCAGCACUCCAAGGGUGGUGAUGGAGCGGCUGCUGUGCCAUGCCAUCAUAGGCAGCAAGGCAGGGAAGACCCAGAUCAUGCAGGUGGACGUCACGUGCGAGUUCAUUGCCCCUGUCCUGCAGCUCUCCUCCAGGGAAAUCACUUUCCGGGUGGAGAAGCAACCCAGUGAUGUCCUAACUGCUCAGCACAAACCUCUGCACUUGAAGAACAUCUCCUCCCUGCCACUCAGUGUGGUGCUGCUCGUGGAGCAGCCCUUCUUGCUCUGCAACGUGGAGCAGCAGCCUCUCUCCAUGGACACCCAGCCACUAAAGCUGAAGACUGGGGAGGAACUUCACCUCUCCAUCAGAUUUAACCCCGCUUACGAAGAGGGUUUGAACAUCCGGGUGGCGGAGCGGGCUCUGAAAAUACAAUUUCUUGAGCACCCUCUUGAGGAGCACAUUGCUCUUCGGGGAGAAGUCUACUUCCCAAAUCUUCACGUGGAGACCACGGCCGUGGACUUUGGCUGCAUCUUGAACGACACCGAGGACGUGCGUUACGUUGAGGUGACCAACUGCAGCCCGCUGCUCGUGCGGUACCGCUGGUCGUUCCUGGCAGGCAGCCCUGUGAGCCAGAUGAGAUUCAGUCCUCCAGUACCUAAAUAUUUCAUCAAAUCCCAACCAAAGAAAGAGGAAGGAGCCCUGAUGGAAUCCUUGGCAUCAGCAGGCAGCAGCAACCAUGAUAUGGACGUGAAGGAGCCAGAUCAAGCAGCGGGAGCAGCAGGAGAACCUGCCCCAGAGCCAGCAGAUGCAGAUGGAGCCCUGGAGACGCAGCUGCUACCACCUGCUGUCAAGGAACUGGAGAGUGCUGCAGAGAUGGUGAGUGCUGCAGAGACUCAGAGCCUGGUGGAGACCAAGGAAGUGACAGAGUUUGUGGAGAACGAGCCCCUCGCCUUGGGUGUGGAGGAGGUUUUUGACAUCUUGCCACUAUAUGGCGAGCUGCAGCCAGGCGAGAGCCAGCAGGUCACCUUCACCUUCUUUGGCCAUGCCAACCUGGUGGUCCACAUCACGGCGCUGUGUGAGGUGCAGGGAGGUCCAACCUAUGAAGUGAUGCUCAGUGGAGAGGCCUCAGUUGUCAGCUACCUCCUUGAUGUCACAGAGAUCGACUGGGGGCUGCAGCUGUUUAAUGAAGUUGCUGAAGCAGAGCUCACCCUGCAGAACAGUGGCAAGGUGGGAUUCCAGUACCAGGUGCUGAGCCCCAGCGACUGCCCUCUGCCUGGCGUGCCCCUGGUGCUGCCCAGCACGGGUUAUGUUGGACCUAGCCAGGAGCAGGUGCUGAAGGUUUACUACCUACCAGGAGUACCUGGAGCCUUCUGCAGGACUUUCCAGAUCCAAGUGGGGCACUUGGAGCCAGAAACCAUCACUCUGAGAGGAGAGGGGAGCUUCCCCAGAAUCUGCUUGGAUCUGCCCAGGAAUAUCAGAGGAAACAAAAAAUAUGAGAAGAUCCUCCAGGAGGCAAGAGAAAAGGUGGAGAAAGAGAGCCAGAGAGAUGAAGCAGUUGUUCUUGGGGAGGCCACAGCCACUGAGACACCCAUGGAUGACCUGGAUAUGGUGCUGGACAUUCGGCUGCAGAUGCAAAUGGAAGAGAUGCUGGUAGAGGAAUACGCCUUGGAGCAGCAGAAGCUCCUGCUCUCCUGUCUCCCAGAGGACUUUAUCUUUGAUCAGCAAGCUCUUCGGAAGCUUCUCAGGGUGCAGCUGCCUGAAUACAUCCUGGACUUUGGCUACGUCAUUCUUGGUAACAUGCAUGCACACAUUGUGAAGAUCACCAACACUGGGCAGCUGCCCGUGUCCUUCUGUGCAGAUGGACGCGUCCUGCGCGACACAGGUUUCACUGUGGAGCUGGACCGUGUGACAAACCUCCCAUACUGCGAGACCGAGACGUUCGAGGUGCGCUUCGACCCACGGAGCGCCAACGUGCCACUGGGAGCAGCAGAUGUGCUGCUGCCCAUCAAGGUCACAGGAGGCCCCACGUUUCACCUCUGCCUUCGUGCCUGCGUGACUAUGCCAUCCCUCUGCAUCUCCAGGGACAGCCUGGAGUUCUCCACUGUCCAGUGUGGGCAGUGUCAGGAGGAAACCAUCCAGCUCUACAAUCAGAUCCAGGUGCCCUGUAAAUGGUUCAUUACCUUGAAGGAGCCUGUUAAGAAGGUGGAUAAACAUUUGCCAGCAAGCGUGCGACGGAAGCUGCAGCAGGAGCUGAAGGCCAAGCCCUGUGUCUUCGAGGUGCUGCCCUUGGCUGGGGACCUCGCCCCAGGGCAGCGAUGCAACAUGCGGGUCAGGUUUACACCCACUGAAGAGAGAUCCUACAGAUGCGAGCUGAGGAUUAACAUUUGCCAGAGCAGCCAGCCUCUGCAGCUGCAAGUCUCGGGGUAUGGGCUGGAGCCACAAUUGGAGUUCGACCCCCCACUGCUUGAGCUGGGACCUCUGCUGCCAUACAGCAGUGGGGCAGCAGGGACAGUGGUAGUGAAGAACCCAUGCGACUUCCCCAUUGAGUUUUACUCACUGGAGUUUGACCAGCAGUACCUUGCUGAGGAGCAGAUCCUGCGGAUGCUGAAGGACUAUGAUGGCCGCCAUACCCUACUGCUGCCUCCACGUGCCCCUGGUGAGAAGCUGCCCCCGGAGGUGCUGGAAUACUACCAGGACCAGAAGAGGCUGCAGGAUGAGCAGGCCAAGUCCAGGACUGGGGAUCCAGCAGGCCAGGAAAAUGCCACCAGAGAAGAUGUCCAGUUUCUCUCGGAUCAGGGAGGAAAGCACUCUGCUGAGAUCAUUCACACCCUCUCAUGUCAUUACUCAGUCAUUCCUCCCUCCACUUCUGAUGAAAGCCAGUCCAACAAGGUGGACUCUAAAUCUGAAAGGGGAGAAGAAGAGGAGGAUCUUGAGAAAAGACACGGAGCAGAGCAUCAGCAGAGCGCCAGCAGCAGCAAGGAGGCUGCAGGAGAACUGGAUGACAGCCCUGUCCUCAGAGCCAUCGCCCGCCACCUGGGCAUUGAUAUCUCUCCUGCGAGCCUUGAGGCCCAAAACCGCCAAGGGAUCGCCAUCAUCAUCCACGGGGCACCCCUGACUGGAAAGACAUCGGCUGCGGUCGCCCUCUCCAGAUAUUAUGGCACAGCCUGCUUGUCCAUCGACUCACUGGUGAUGGAGGCCAUCUCCGACAGGAGCAGCUCAGCUGGGCUCCGUGCGAGGGAGCUGUGCCUCAGGGCUGCCAUAGAGCAGAGCCACAAGGAGACGGAGGAUGCUGGUCAAAGCACAGACCCAUCCGUCCCUCAGCUCGGUGCUGAGCCCAGGCGCAGCCUGGACAUGAGCCAGUCCAGCUCUGGGGAAAAGACCAGCCUGCACUCCGUCAGCUCCCGCAGCCGGGCGAGUGCAGCAACAGGCAGGAGGAAAUCAGAAAACCAUGCGUCCCAGUCCCAGAAACAGCAUCUCACAGACCCAGCAGGCUCACAGGGCUCCUCCAGCUCUCAUCACCUCUCGCUGCUUCCCUGCGUCCCCACACAGCGGUGGCUGAGCAUUGAAGGGAGCACGGCAGGAGAGGCAGGCUUGAUGAGCUGCGUGCUGCCCGAGGACGUGCUGGGAGCCAUCCUGUCAGAGAGGCUGCAGCUGAGUGACUGCUACCAGGGAGUGAUCUUUGAUGGCCUGGAGACCCUCUUUGCACGCAGCAUGGCGUCUGCUCUCCUCUGCCUGCUCAAAGCUGUCAACAACCGUCCUUACAUCUAUUUUGUGAACCUGUUCCAGGACUAUGCCUCUUGGAAAGCCAAAGAGAUGGCUGCAAAAGAGCAGGAAGAACGGGAGCAGGAAGAAGUUGCCAGGAGAGAGAAAGCACGCCUUCAGGAGAUGGAUGAGGAGGAGUACGAUGCCUUCACUGAGGAGCAGAAAGCUCAGUUUGAUGACCAUAUACUACAAGUCCAGCGUGAGAGGAGGAGGAGGAUGGAGCAGCUGGCUCGAGAGCUUGAGGAAAGGCAGAGGCAGGAACUAGAGCGCUUGAAGGAGGAAGAAGAGCUGAAGAAGAAGUCCAAGCGGGGAAGGAGAGAGCUUGGAAAAGAAAAAGACAGUGUCUUGGGGAAGAAAAGCCAGCCUGGAGGCAGACAGAAUGCCACCGCAUCCACCAGCAACACCAACGCGUCCACCAGCAACCGCUCAGACACCAGCGAUGGGGUGGACAAAAAGGGGUCUACAAAGGAGCACCCAGACUCUGCUGUAGGUGACAAGGAUGAGAAGAAAAAGUGUAACAAGGUCCCCCUGACGAAUGCCAGCCCAGCAGCGCCCCUGCAACCCAGCACCACAGAGCAGGAGGAAGCCAAGGAGAAGACACUGAGCGACAGCGAGAAGAUCUUGGCCACGAGGUUUAAGAUCUAUGAGGCGUCACAGAAAGAUAUCGCACAUAUUUUAUCAAACUGGGACAGAGUUCAGGGCAUUCUGGUGUCCUCUUGGAGCCAGGAGGAGGUGUGUCAGAGGACAGAAGAGCAGAGCAGGCAUUUAUCCAGACGCAAGAGCAGGAGGGACAGGGAGAAGGAGCGCCUGGAGAAGGAGCGGCAGGAAAAGGAGCGCUUGGAGAGGGAGAGGCAGGAGAAACUGAAGGCUCUCGAGGAAUCCCAGGCACAGGCAGGGGAAGGUGCAGAAGGGUCAGCAAAAGGCCAGGGUGUCGGGGUGCCUUGCUUGGAUAUCCAGGUGCUGGACCCAGAGGAUACUAUUGGGAAGAUCCAGGAGAGUGGAAAGCUGCCCCCAGCAGAGCAGAUCCUGGAUAGCCUGGGUCUGGGGCCCUCAGGGCCUCCCAUUCCUCCGACUGCAUUUUACUCUGUGAUCCACUACCCAGAGAAGCGAGUGGCCCCAACAGGAGAAGCCCUCAAGCACUUCACCUUCAUAAUGCCAGAAGGUGCGAUGGCAGAAGAAGAAAAGAAGGAAUCAGAAAGUCUUGUGGAUGCUCCCAUCACGCCUACCACAAAGGUGUCAGAGGAGCAGCUCACCCCCACCAGAGGGAAAGCGAGGAAGGAAAAAACUGAGGGCAGCAAGGAGGUCAAGAAAGAGAAGCGGAGCUCUGCCCGGAGCAAGAAGAAUCUCCAUGGAACGGGCACGGGAACAUCAACACAUCCUGCUGAUGUGGAGCAAAGCAGCGUGGACGUGGCCCCCUCUCCAGGGAAGCCCAUCAGGCUGAGCAGCUGUCGGUGGAUCGUGCCUGCCCAUGGCCAGGUGGAGCUGAAGGUACACUUCACCUCCUCGGUGCUGGGCCAUUUUGACCAGACGAUGAAUUUUGAGGUGCUGGGGACAAAGCGACUGUACCAGCUGCACUGCAGGGGCAUUUGUGUGUACCCCACCAUCAGUAAGGACCCACGGGUGGUGUUUCCUCACCGAAGGAAGAGCAAAGCAGACAAUGACAUCAUCUUCAAGCAGUAUGUCAUGAGCACGGGCGUGUUCCACUUUGGGCCACUGCUCUGUGGGAAGUCCAGAGACUGGUACAAGGCGCUGCCCUUCCCCAGCAACUGUGAGAAGAUAACCAUCCUCAACAUCACCCCCUUGGAAGCAAAGGUGCAUUUCUUCUUCGAGCACGAUCUCAAAGCAGACACGUUCAUUUUAGACCCUCCCAGCAUGACGCUGAAACCCAAGGAGAAGCAGAAACUGAGCAUUUGGGCGUACCCCACUUUGGCCGGCCUCGUGGAAGACAAGCUCGUGUGCUGCAUUAAGGACAACCCGGAGCCGGUGGUCUUCCGCUUGUGCUGCCAGGGGGUGCGGAUAGAGCUGACGGUCAGCCCCAAGCACGUGAACUUUGGGAAGCUGCUGCUGCACAGGAGGGACAGCAAGCAGCUGGUGCUGCGCAACCCCAUGCUGCUGCCUGCAGCCUGGAGGCUCAGCGGGCUGGAGAACCUCGGCGAGGACUUCUGUGUGUCACAAACUGAAGGCACUGUGGAGCCCUGUGCAGAACUGGGUAUCUAUCUGUAUUUCAAAGCCACAAAGGCUGUCAGCAUUAAGAAGACCAUCCGACUGGAGGUUUCAGAUGCAGAAAACAUCCUGGGGAUUGUUCAGAUAGAAAAUAUACAAAUCCAAGCAGAAGCCUAUGAUGUUGCUCUGAGCAUCACCAUUGCCAAAGGUAUGGAUGGCAACGUGGAUUUUGGAGUCAUUAGGGUGCAGGACGAUGCAAAGCAAAUGUUAACCCUGAAGAACAAAGGGAAGUAUGAGAUUGCAUACAGCUUCACGUUUGAAAAUGCGGAUACUGACAUUCCAAACUUGGCAUCCCACUUUGCCAUCCUGCCACAGAGAGGGGUGCUGGCUGCCUCGGAGCGCCCUGUGCAUGUCCAUCUGGUCUUCCACCCCAAGGCAGAAAUAAUUAUCGAGGACAAACCCAUCCUGAAGUGCCAGGUGAUUGAGCCCAGCCUCUGUGAAGGAGGGGAGACCAUCGCCAUCAUCCCAGUGAAGGUGUCUGCCAAGGCCAUGUUCAGCAAGUACAGCAUCACCCCAGCUUCGUUCAUUGAUUUCGGGACUGUGGUGAAUGGCACCAAGAAAACUUGCAGCUUCAUCCUGGAAAACAGAGGCAGCCUUGAUUUCAAGUUCCAAAUCUACAAAGCAGAGCAGGAUGCAUCUGGACCAAGAAGGAAAAGUGUCAAUCAUGGGAUGUCCAACCACUCUAAUGACGAUGAAAGCAUCGACAAAGUGCCCAACUCUGGGAAGCAAAACAGGCAGUCUCUGCAGAAGGACACAAACCCCUUCAUGCAGGCACGCUUGACCCUUGGCAUGUUCACGGUGUACCCUGGCUUUGGCUCCAUCCACCCUGGGGGCCAGCAGACCAUCACAGUGGAUUGCCAGGCAGAGCCAGUGGGGACGUGCGAGGCGCAUCUAUCAAUCAAUAUCUGUGACAGAGACCCCAAGGACAACCCUGUUGGCAUCCCCUACACCCUGCUGGCCGAGUCCUGCCUUCCAGCAUUUGUAGUUGAUGACAUAGGUUCCAUCUUCGAGGAGCAUCGUAUCUGCAGCAACGCCAACCUGUGCCACAUCCUGCAGACUGUGCAGGACAAAGGUGUGUUCAUCACAGAUGAGAAUAAGUUCAUCUUCACCAACGUUCUGGUUGGGCACCGGGCCUCAGCCCGCUUCAAGAUCCGCAAUGUGGGCAAAGUCCCCUGUGAUGUGGUCCUCUCCAUCAAGCCCAUCUCCAGUAAGCAGAACAGCCGCAUCAGUGACAUCUUUGAGGUGGAUCCCAUUCAGAUGUGUGUGCCCAGCCAUUCUCACGCCUUUGCUACAGUGACUUUCACUCCACAAACGAUGCAGAACUACCAGUGCACUUUUGAGGCUUGCCUUGAAACCCAGGCAAGCCCAGUGGCAAUUAAAACAGAAAGCCUGACAUUUGAUAUCAGUGGGGAGGGGAACCUGCCUCGGGUGACAGUCCUGCGCCCAGUGCUUCGCAACAAGAGGGGGAACCCUCUGCUCCUCUUCAAGAAGCUGCUGCUUGGUGAUUCAGAAAAGCUCCCUCUGGUCCUUCAGAACAAUGGCAUCAUACCUGUCCAGUUGCUGAUAGAUAUGUUGGAUGAAGCGAGAGUUUUCUUCCUGAAAGCCAGGCCCACCACGCACUGCAUCUACCAGGCUGCAGACACAAAGGAGGAUUCUACUGGAGAAGGGAGAAAGCCCCACACUGCCUCCUGUGUUCUACAUCAUGGGGAAUCAGCAGAGUUUGACGUGCUUUUCAAACCCAACCUGCCCCAGCGUGUGGAAGGGCAGAUCCACCUGUCUGUGGUGGACAACCCCUAUGAGGAGACCAACAUCCAGCUGGUGGGUGAGGGCUAUGAGGAUGAUUUCACGCUAGAUAACAUCCACGGGCUUGUGGCAGACAGCUUUGAGGAGAACACUGAAGGCAAUGUGGAGGAGGACGUAAUUGAAGCUGGCAGAGUGGAUCACAUCCAGUUUGGGGACUGUCACAUUGGGAAGCCCUACCAGGUGACCUUCACGAUCACCAACCGCAGCCGGGCGGAGGCGAUGCGGUUCGAGUGGCUGGCAGGCCCCCCCUUCCACUUCUCACCCCAGGUGGGACACCUCCAUGCUGGCUGUGCUAAGGACAUCACAGUGACCUUGAAGUCGGAUGUUGCAGUCACCUGCCAAGCACAGCUUGUGAAGUGUAAGGUGGCCAGGAUCUCCUUCCAGCUGCCAGCAGAGCAGGUCUCCGACUGGGACGACCGCCUGCACACUGUCAGAUGGGUGGAUGCCACCAGGGGGGAGGCAGCUAUGUGGCCAGUCAAGAGGAAGGUGAUCGAGACAGACCCAGAACCAGCUCACACCAUCCUGGAGAAGAGCAGCCGUGAAGUAGAACUUCGCCUGAGUGCUGUCAUUGAUUAUGCUGACUUCCAAGUGGAUGUGGACUCAAUUCAGUUCAAGGAGACCUUGCUGUUCCAGACAAGGAGAUUCCCUUUCCGGCUGUCCAAUACAGGAAAUGUGUCCCUGGAAUACACCUGGAUGGCAGCCAUGGGGGAUGAGAGAGCAGCGAGCCCAGCUGGGCUGGAAGGACGUUGCCUCUCCUCCAUGUCUGUUGCCCCUGUGAAGCUCCCAUUUGUCCAGCUGGGCCAUGGCCUGGAGCACACCUCAUCCACCCUGAGCUCACCCACAAGCCUUGGCCAUGCCACCCCAGUGUUCUGUGUUGAGCCUCCCAGCGGCACCAUCCCUGCUGGCCAGGAGCAGCUCUUCCAGAUGAAGUUCUGCCCGGUGUACGUGGGGAAGUUUAAGAGCUGCAUGGUCUGCAGCAUUCCUAACCUGAAGCCAAAUCAGAAGGGCCCAGAGGUGGUUGUGGAGGGGAAAAGCCAGAUGCCACACUGCCACUUUGAACUGAAGGAUUCUGACUACAUCACUGCAAAGAGGCGCAAACCAGAGCUGCCAGAGCCCAGAGGGGCAGUGCUAGACCUGAAGACCAGAGUAAUUGAGUUUGCAGCAACUGGGCUUGGCAGCAGGAACAGCAGGACCUUCAAGGUGAUGAACCCAACCAGUUCUGCAUACUCCUUCCAAUGGACAUGCCAGGACCCUGAAGCCCCACCAGGACAGAGAGCUUUCUUCUGCCUCACAGAGAAAGGGCAGAUCCAGCCUGGGAAGAAAGCAGAGAUCAAGUUUGAAUUCAUCCCCCGACAUCUGGAUAUCACCGAGUCCUUCUGGGUCUUUACAAUCCCUGAGAAGAGCAUGUCAGUCCUGUUCCUGCUGGUGGGACACAGCACCGAACCACUGGUGACUCUGGACAGGUCCCACCUGAACCUCCAUUUGCUGUUAGUUGGGCACAAAGUACACCAGACCAUCUACAUGAUCAACAGUGAGAAAGAGGCUUUCGCCUUUGCUUUCAGAGAAAGCUCGCUCUUCUCAGAGGGAUGCGGCACCUCGGUGAAAGUAGAGCCCAUGGAAGGCUCCAUUGCUCCCCUUUCAAGAUAUCCCAUUAAAAUUGCCUUUACACCGACACUGGAAGGAGAGGUGGUCUUCAACCUCAAAUGCGAUGUCAAGAGGAAGACAGAGCCCCUCUCCCUGAAUAUCAAGGCCACUGGCUACAGCAUGAGUGUGUCUGUCAGGUGCGAGAACAGCGAUGGCGGUGUGACUGAGCUCAGUGCACAGGAGGUCAACGUCAUUGACUUCAAGGAGGUGCAGCUGAACGAGAGCACCCGGCGCACCUUCAGCAUCUACAACAACGGCAAGUUCAGCUUCACCUUCUCGUGGGAGCUGAGUGGCCCCACAGCCCGGGUGCAGCUCCUGUCUCUCAGCCCUCGGACAGGCAGCGUGCAGGCUGAGGGCAAGGUGGACACCCAGCUGGUUUUUCACCCUCAGAAAAUGUGCUCAUUAAAGGACGUAGAGCUGACACUGCAGAUCAGCAAGGGUCCUAUGUUUACCUGCGUGUUCCUGGCCACUGUGGUAGUGCCCACUGUCCACUUCUCAACCACAAGACUCAACUUCGGAGCCUGUUUCAUCUACCAGGCUGGGAUGCCACCUGCCCGGCAGACUCUUGCCAUUACAAACAAAGCAGACAAAGAUGUCAGUUUGAGCUGCUUGUUCACCAACACCAUGCACCUGGAGGUGGAUUUCCCGGGGUACAUCCUUCAACCAGGAGGGACGGUGGAGGUGCCCAUCACUUUCUAUCCCAGAGAAGUUGCAUCUUACUGUGAGGUCAUUCCUUUUGAAAUCAAUGGUCUUUGUCAACAGACUGUUGAGGUCCAAGGAAAGGGUGCAGAAAUGAAGGUGGACAUUGUGGAACCUCAAGGGAAGGUGGUGAAGCUGGGAGCCCUCUCUGUGGGGCAGACGGUGAAGAAGAUUGUCACCAUAGCAAACAAUAGUGUUGCCCCUCUCACUUUUAAGCUUUGUGUCAUGCCCACUGUGCCAGAACUGCAAGAAGAUGGGGUUCUCUGCUUGCACCCCAACAGAGAAUUAAGUUUGAAGCCCAAAGGAGACACCUGUAAAGUGGAGGUGAUCUUCUCCCCAAAGCGCCGCAUUCAGCCGUUCACUGAAGAAGUGAUGCUGGAGAGCAGCGGGCUGCUGCGCUCCCUGUUCAUGCUGCAGGGCUCCUGCCAGGGGAUCUGUGUCAGCUUGGACCAGGAGCACCUCAGCUUUGGAGCAGUGGUGCAGCAGAGCUGCACAUCCCAGCGCAUCACCAUGCGGAACACGGGCGACGUUGGAGUCAAGUUUAAGUGGGACAUCAAGAGCUUCGAGCCAGAUUUCUCCAUCAGCCCUGCCAAGGGUUACAUCUCCCCAGGAAUGGAUGUCCCCUUCGUGGUGAGCUUCCACCCGUCGAAGCUGAGCCCCUCUAUCAAGUCUGAGGGGCUGCAGUGCUUCAUCCAGGGCAGUGAGCCACUCUGCCUUGCUCUGGCAGGGUGCUGCAUGGAGACCCCCGUCAUCAAAGAGACGUUGAUUUUUUCAUGCAAGGUGCGUGAGAAGCACAGCCAGACCAUCCUCCUGUCGAACCCAAGCGAUGAGCCCUGGGCCGUGAAGCCUGUCAUUGAGGGCGACCACUGGAAAGGGCCCGAAUGCAUCCACCUUGAGGGCAAUCAAAAAGACAAGCCAUACAAGAUCACCUACAAGCCCCUAACCAUGAGCUCUAAGAAAGAGAAGCAUCAGGGCUCCAUCUUUUUCCCAUUACCAGAUGGGACAGGCUUGUACUACCUCCUGCAAGGAUUUGCUGAGGGCCCAAAGUGCUCAGGGACCAUUGUUCGGGAGGUGCCAUGCAGGACUCCCUACACUGAGCUCCUCCCCGUCUCCAACUGGCUGAACAAACCGCAGAGGUUCCUUGUGGUAACAGAAAUACUUCAAGCAGAGGACGUGGAGCAUAGUUCUGUGCUGCAUGGGCUGGAAUACAUUGAUGUGCCUGGCUCCGGCAAGAAGGACUACAAGCUCACAUUCCUCUCCUACAAGGAAGGAGUCUUUAGCACAAUGGUGACCUUCCUCAAUGAGGUGACCGAGGAAUACUUGUUUUACAUGAUCACUUUCAAGGCCACUGCUUCAGGACCCAUUGGCACUGUCGAAGUGACAGCAGCUGUCCGGCAGAACGUGUCUUCCACCAUCAAGGUGGACAACCCUCUUGCUGCCCCAGUGGUGUUUGACGUAGAUUGCAAAGUGCCUGACAUCACCGUUCCCCCACAUUUCACUGUUCCUGCUCAUUCAGAGGCCAAUCUUGUCUUUGAGUACCAGCCUUUGAAGGUAGGUGAGAGCACUGGGCGCCUGAUGCUCCAUAGCAGUAAUUUAGGCUCAUGCUACUACGAGUUGAUCCUGAAAGCCACGAUUAGCAAGCCAGAGAAGCCACUGUACUUUUGCACUAUGCUGGGCUCUAACCAGACCAUCACCACCAAGAUCAUGAAUUACAACCGCCAAAAGACAGAAUACAUCCUCCAGACUGACUGUGCUGAUUUCCAGACAGAGAAGACCAUCAGCAUGCCUCCUGCCUGCCUGGGGGGCUCGGAGGUGAGCGUGGAGGUGAUCUAUGAGCCCUGCCAGCUGGGUGAGUCCCGGGCCACACUGCAGCUCCUGGGCCCUUCAGGCAGGGAAUACAGCAUCCCGCUCUUCGGCCUCGCCCUGCCCCCCAAGCCGCAGGGCCCCUUCCUCAUCAAGGCCGGUGGCAGCACCUCCAUCCCCUUCAAGAACGUCUUCCUCCAGCCCACAUCCUUCAGGUUCAGCGUGGAGAACCCGGCCUUCACCGUGAGGGCCACCGAGACCCUGCGCCCCAAGAAGACCAUCUUCAUGGCUGUCUCCUUCGAGGGCAGCCCAGAGGGCACCAACACCCCCGUCAGCAGCCGGCUGGUGGUCUCCUGCGCCCGAGCAGGUGGCCUGGGAGCAGGCAUCUCCUGGGUGUUCUACCUGCAGGGGCUGCCCCUCGAGAAGUGAUGGGGUUGGAGGCGUCCUCUGCAGGCACAGCGCCGGCUUGAGGGGUCUCAUGGUGCUAUGGUGGGGUCUGUGUCACGGCUCGGAAUAAAA